AUGUUGGAAUUUUUUGUUUGUCCUUCUGAUAAAGACCAUGUGACUUUCAUAGACAAGUUUAUGUUCUUUCUAAUAGAGUCUGGUAAUUUUGAGUCAUACCCAUGGGGUAUCAAAUCCUUCAAGCAGGUUAUUGAAUCUGUCCGACAUCGUCUUAAUCCCCAUGUACAUUCUUAUCUGAUACGGGGAUGCUCAUUAGCCUUGCAAGUGUGGCUAUAUGAGUGUUGCUCGUCCAUCAGCACCGAGCUUGCUACGAGAUGUUCUGAAUCUAUACCUUGCAUUUUAAGAUGGUCAGCUACAAGGGGGCAGAUUUGGUUAACUGCAAUUGAAGAGAAGAUGAUCAAGCCUGAGUGGAUCAAGUUCACAAACAUGAUUGAAUCUGGAGAAGAGCUUGGAGUGCUUAAUCUGCCAGACAAGAUUCAAUAUGAAGAUGAACAUGGUGCUCAACCAUCACAUGUUCCAACUGCUGCUUCUCCAUCAUUUGAACCCAAAUAUACAGAUUGUCAAGAGGACAUUGAAUCUGUCAGUAGCAAGCUCAUGAAGUUGGAAAAGGGGAUUGUGCAGGUUGAUGGAAAGUUAGAUGCCUUUAGGAAGGCUGUUUUUGAGGAACUCUCAAGCCUUCGAGAGUUCAUAGAUUAAUCUUUGAAGAGUGUUAUGAAUGUGAUAAACAAGAGGUUUGAUUUGGACGAGUCAAAUUUUGCUGGUAGUUCAACAAAAAAUAAUUACCAACAUCAAGGAGAGAACAACCAGCAAUUCCAGUUCAAUGCUGGUGAUCAACUGCAUGGAAGCACAAGCAAUACAGCUACAAUUUCUCCAGAACAUUUUCAAUCACAUGUUGACUUAUAUCCUGACUUCCAAGAAGCAGCUGAGGCAUAUAAAACAG